GGCGCGCGCCGCGGACGCCUCGCGGACGUCAAAAGACACGAUGUCCAGACGUCCGGGCAGAGAGAGGAUAAAGAAGGUAGCAGGUCAAGGAGGGAAGAGAGGCGACACACCCACAGGCCCACCUCCCUUCAAUCUGAACACGAAUAGAAAAUUACUGGUGUCCACGUCCCUUCCUCCUGACCCCAUGACACCCCCUGCCCAGAUCCCUGGGACUCUCCUCUGUCAUUUACCCUCCUACUGUGACUCCCUGUUCUCCGGAUUCUGCGGCCUGCGUGACCAGGGCUUGCUGAUGGACUGCAGUCUACACCUCAGUGGCGUCUCCUAUGGAGCGCACCGCCUGGUGUUGGCAGCCAUCAGCCACGUUGCCGAGGGGUGGCUUCGGCACGGUGAGGCGGGGCCAGGGGCACGGUCAGAUGCUGAUGAGCAAGUCUCCCCGGCAGGACUACAGGCUGUGCUAGAAUUUGCCUACACUGGAGAUACAGCCAUGGCCGUUGGUAUGGUUCCGGAUGAUCUCACGGAGGUCUGCAGGUGGCUGGGUGUGGAGCGGCUGGCCGAGGCUCUCCGGAGGGACACCGAUGAUGGACCCUGUUGUCCUGUCAGAGAAAGGGAGUUGAGCCUGGGAGCCAUGAGAGGCCUGUGGGAAGAGGGAGUUGGUUGUGAUGUGUGGCUACAGGUGGACGGUGGUGAGAGCUUCCCAGCCCACCGGGUGGUGCUUGCUGCGGCUGGAGACUACUUCCGGGCGCUGCUGUGUGGAGGACUGCGGGAGUCAAGCGAGAGGGUGAUAGUCCUGCCCGAUGUGGCAGGCUGGGCACUACACGCUCUCCUUGGUUUCCUGUAUUCUGGAACCCUGUGUCUUGGCUGGGAACACAUCUGGGAGCUAACGGAGGCCGCGCGACGUUUCCAGCUUCAAGGGGCACUCACACUGUGCCAGGAUUUUCUGAAGAAUCAUAUAGAUGCCAACUCAUGUCUGGACAUCCUGGUGCUUGCUGAGACGUACGGGCUUGUUCAGCUGGGUCAGCAGGCUGAGCAGUAUGCACUCAGACACUUCUCCUGUGUGGCAGGUGGAAACAAGUUUCGAGACCUGCCAGUCGUGCUUCUCGAACAUCUGCUGAAGAAGGACACGCUGUGUGUGGACAGUGAGGUGCAGGUGUUCCGGGCAGUGCAGACCUGGGUGGAGGAUGAUCUGGGAGAAAGGCUAUGCUUUCUGGCAGGACUCCUGGAGCAUGUUCGCUUUGGUCUCAUGUCCCGAAGUGAGCUGCAGGAGGUCCAGAGCUGCAGCCUGCUGUCCCAGGACCCUAGGUGCAGACAGACAAGGGAGAAUGUGGAGGCCUUCCUUCAAAUGAGUCACAAGGGUGCACCCUGCAAGCCUCGCACUCACAACCAGGUGUUAGUUGUGGUCGGUGGCGACUUUGUGAAUGAGGACUUCACCAGGCGUGUUCCAAGCCGGAGCCUAUGGUUUGCGCAUCGCUUCCAGCGUGGAUUGGGUCUCAUUAGGACUGUAGAAUGGAGAGUGUUGCCUGAGCUUCCGGAGCCACCUCGGUUCCGACACUGCGUGUGUGUCCUCCACAACCAGCUCUAUGUCCUUGGAGGACGGAAGUACUAUGGGUCAUAUGACGUUCUGAAGUCUGUAAUGAGGCUAGAUCCAACGCAGGGACACUGGGAGAAGCUUGCUGACAUGCACAGUCCUAGGGACUAUUUUGCUGCGGUGUGUCUAGAAGGGAAGCUGUAUGUGCUGGGUGGGAACCGUGACGACACACACUACCUGGAUUCGGUGGAGUUCUACUCACCCGAGGACAACACCUGGAGCUUUGCUCACCCACUGGAUACAGAGCUGUGUGGACAUGCUGCUGCGGUGCUGAAUGAGGAAAUAUUCAUUUCCGGGGGGUUCAACACACGUCUAGGCUGCUUGCCAUAUCUGUGGAGAUACGACCCCUGCAUGGGCUCUUCUUACUGCGCCCCCAUGACAGCAGGGGUGGGGCGGGCUGGGCAUGCCAUGCUUGCUUUGGGGGGCAGACUGCUGGUGGCAGGAGGGCUGGAGCCCUUGUGGGUGGGAUUUGGGGACCAGCUGCAGUGCGAAGCUUAUAAUCCCGCCCUCAACACGUGGACUCCAUUUCCCCGGCUGCCCCGGCCUCACCUCUUCCCUGCUGCCACGCUGCUGGAGGGACUGCUCUAUCUGCUGGGUGGAUCCUCAGCCGACUCUACCAGGGACACCCCAUGGGUGCACUGCUAUGAUCCUCACACACAGUGCUGGGAGAAGCUGGGAUCUAUGCCACACCCAUAUGCUGACCUCGCUGCCUGUACUUUACAGGUGCCCAGAGAGUUGAGGGAGUAGGAUGCACGAGCUUGCACACACAUCCAUACAC